UUUAGACUGUAUACGACUUUCAAUAUUUUCGAAAUACUUGUGUGUUAAUGAUUUUAUCCGCUAAAUACACAAAUAUCAAUUUCUGUUAAAUUAUGUAUCAGAAAUUGCCCAUUUAAUUUCAUUACGUAUCUGAAUUAAACUUUUUAUCUAACAAUUGCCAGUUACUGUUUUAAAGUUUUCUACACGUUUCUGAACACGUUAUACCAUUGCGAUAAGCAUAUAAUUGUACGUAUCGGGAAGAAUGAAAUACUUUUCAUUAAGUAUGAUAAAUUAUACGAAAAGUCAAAAAAAAAAUGUUAAUUGCUCAUAAUACGUAUGUAUAAUGAAUGUCCAUCAAUAAGAAUAAAAAAUUGUGUGUUUAAAUACAAUUUAUAUAAAACUAUUACAAUGUAUAUCCAUAAAAGAAUUAGAUUGAAAUUAUUAAAGCAAUUGAUGGUACAAAUUAAUAUGCGUGUAGCUUCAUCCACGAAGAGUAAAACGCAUUAUGAAACUUUGGGGAUACGUCCAAAUGCUACGCAUAACGAAAUAAAAUCAGCAUAUUACAAAUUAACGUUAAAAUAUCAUCCUGAUAAAAAUAAAAGCGAAUCCGCAAAACACAUGUUUCAAGAAAUUUCGAAUGCAUAUACUGUACUUGGUAACUAUCAGACACGUAAACAAUAUGAUAGAACUGUCGCAGUUAGACACGGAAAAGUAAAUGUAGUUUAUAAACCGGUUUAUAGACCAAAUAAUGUUGCACAGAGCGCAUCGCCGAAGUUCAAGGUUUAUGAUUUUGAUGAAUGGACUCGUCAACAUUACCAGCAAACAUUUGAAAAUGAUAUGCGGAAGAAAUGGAUUAAAGAGAACUUUGCUAAAGUUAAACAUGAACAACCCAGACAAAAGGAGGGCAGUCACCUGCUGGUGGUGGUAAUUUUCAUUGGAUUUUGUUUAAGUAUUUAUUUUAAACCGAAAGAAGAUUAUGAUAUACCACUAGAGAAAGAAACGAAAUAAUUAUGAUUUUUAUUCUUAGUAAAAUUAUUAAUUUUUUGAAGAAUAUAAGUUGUUAAUAUAGAAGUGCAAUUAAAAAUAGUUGUACAGACUGUUGCAGACUGUAUUUUAUCAGUUCCUUUUAAUGUUACAUUACAAAUAUAUUAAAAUAUUAGUAUUACCAUACAUAAAAGAAGAAAUAUAUUUAGUUUCAAUUAAACACUCAGUUUAUAUAGAGUAAUUCAUUUUCAAUUAGUUAGUGCUUAUGUAAAUUAGUAAAUUCCUUAAUUAGUAAUAUGUGAAAGAUUGAAAACCAAAGUACUUUAAAUUUGUGUUAAAUUGAGACAUUAUAUAAAAAUAAUGAAAACUUACUAAUUAAAUGGAACAUUUAAUGAUAUCAAAUAAAAUGCGAAUAGCAGUACAUAUGCUAAUUGUACAUAUUAUGUAAGUAGUAAUAAUCUAGAUAGAAAUACUAAAUAAAAAAAAGGUGUGAAUAAUAUAUUAAGUAAAAAA